UCAUUUCCAUGACAACCCAGGAAGCUGUCAACAAAACCAGAAAUGCUGAACGCGAAGGAUGUAAGAAAACGUUUAAUAAUAUUUAAAGCUUAAAGGUUGUUUUUAUAAGUCUAAACUCAUCCUGUACACUGGUUGAGCUAGCACGCUGGCGUGCCAAAGAACCGUAGUGAACUUUUCAUGGAAGACAGAAGUUGUGACGAACUUCGCCGUGGGCUAAACUUUUCACGGCAGUAACGACGACGUUUUUAAAACAUAUGUGAAAGUUCUGCCUAAAACCUCUCGCGUAAAGUUAAAUUCAUAGCUUACCAUUUAAAACCGCAGUUUCUUUAUGGUUAAAUGUUGCAGGAAAAAAAUCGCGUCGAGCUCCGUCGGGCCGCCAGAUGUUCCCAGAUAUCUGUACAGAAAGCCCAGAGAAGCUGCACGUGGACAGAAAGGGUCUGUCAGCAUUUCAUGUGGCCUGCCUUAAUGGCCAGCUGACCUCUGUUCGGCUCCUGGUGGACUCCAAGCUGACGUGUAUCAACAGCCGUGACUCCAAAGGUCGUCUUCCUCUUCACAUGGUCCUGACCUCCAAGAGCUCCGACACUUCCGCCUGCCUCAGAUACCUGGUGGAGCACAAGGCUGAUGUCAACGCUACCAACGACUCAGGCCAGACCCCACUGCACCUGGCCGCCUCUGAGGGCCUCCUCGACUGUGUGGAGAUCCUCGUGGAGGCCGGAGCAGAUGUGUUGGUCCAGGACAACAUAGGACUCAUACCUCUGGACUUUGCCCGCAUCUGGUGCCACAGGAAGGUAGCAAGGUAUCUGAAAAGCUGCAUGUGGCACACAGAAAAGAAGAAGGAAAUGGAGGAGAGAAAGCGUGCCCAAGUCUUGCACAGGGAUCUUGUGGAUUUGACUAAGCAGGAUAAACUCAACAAAAAGACACUUAUCAGUGAGAAGACGGCAGAGUGGGCAAGCAAGAAAGGUUUGCCCCCAAAGGAUUUCUCCCCCAGGACUCAGGUGACCAAGUAUCACACUCAGUGCCUCUUACCACAGAAGAGCAGCUCUAAUCCAAAACAACCCACAGGUCUGUGUAAGCCUGGACACCCUCAACAGGACGGGAGCACCACCACUAGGCAACCUGUAGCCUCAUCACCCGGACCCUGGACCAUCUUCACGGGCCUCCAGCCAGAGAAACCCCCCACAGUGCCCGACCUUCGGGACACUGUCACAAUAAGAAGGGACAACAGCAGCAGGCUACUUCAGUAUACCACCAAGUGGGACAACACACCUCGCCCGACUCCUAAGCUGCCUCAGGAUGUCCUUGACAGAGUGCUGUUCCCCAGAGCCUUCCCUUCCAGGAUCGCCUCCCCUCAGCAAUUUCAGCCACAGAACAUCGCAGAGGUCUCGCAUCGAGGGCGCCCUCAGGGGCAGAGAACCUCUCCAUGGACGGAGGUGGCUUGGCAUCUGGCUGAGGUGCUGGAGUCUGGACGCUACUGACCUCCAAAUCUGUACUGAUGGGGCUUCUACUGGACCUCAAACUGGCGGAUAGGUGUAGAGAAAAUGCAUUAAAACUCAACUGGUAGUCAGAUAAUCUGAAAUGUUUUCAUUUUUUAUAUGUAAAAUGCAUUCGUAGUUUUAACCCUCGUGUUGUCCUGCGGGUCAAAAUUAGCCCAUUUUAAAUUUUAAAAAUGUGGAAAAAAAUAUAUUUUCACACUGAAACUUCAGAUGUCCACAUUUUCAACAGUUUUGAGAAAUUUUUUAACAUCUUUUUGGUGGAAAAAAAUAAAUGUAAAAAAAAUGUUUAAUAACAUUUAGAAAAAAAUUCGCUGGAUUUUGGGAGAUUUUUUGUGAAUGUUCUUAAAGAAAAUAGAAGUUUUACUGAUGUAUAUGCAAUCAUUUUAGAUAUUUUCAGGAUUUUUUAAAAAGAUUUGCUCAUUUUGUAAAGAUAUACAAGAAUUUUCUUGCCAAAUUUGGGGGAUUUCUUUAUAUAUAAAACUUUUAAAGGGAAACUUUUAAGGAAUUAUUGGAAUUUUAUUCCUGAAACUUUUGCAAAUUUUCAGAAAUUUAAGGAAUUUUUUUCCCUUUAAUGUUUGAUUUUUUUCCAGACAAGGAAACUAUAUUUUUUGGUGCCAGUAAAUGAAGACAGCAGGAGGGUUAAAAAAAAAAAAAAAAAGUAGGAAAACUAUGUAUAAAUGAAUCAGAUGUCUAAUUGUCUUAUCAAGAGUUUUAGCACAUAUAAAAUAUUAAAACUUCCCUUUCAAAAUAUCCAUCAACCUUUGCUCAAAGUGACAAAUGAAUUAGAAUGUCUACCUUGCCUGCUCCACCCACUUAAAUUACAGUUUACAUCCAUGUCACCAAUAUAUGGAGUGAAGACUUUGACAUGUUUAGGUUCAUUGAGAGAAAAAACAUCAGGGUAAAAUUCCAUGUCUGUAUUCACAUACCUGGCCAAUAAAGCCGAUUCUGAUACAACACAA